GCUUUUCGUGGACCUCAAGAUGGAGUUAGGCGAACUGCCUUGGUGGCCCAAGCUAUAUCUCAUGCUGUCGGAGGCUCGACGAGGAUGCUUGGUCGAGGAAUCGGAGUGGUCGUCACCUCCUUUGCAGGAGCAGUUUUCCAAAAGGCUGCUGCCGGCGCUCAUGUUCUUGUAGCUGUGGUGAACCCAUGUCAUCGGAUGCUGCAGCAUGCCGUGUUCCAGGCGUUUUCAGGCAUCGGGCAAGCAGCAAAGUGGCUUGCAGAUGCUGCCGAUGCGGCUGCGCAAAGUCCAUCUGCUACAGCAAAGGCAGUCCCGGAGUCGCGAGUCACACAGGAGGCUCAUGGCAGCUUCAUGGAACAGCUGCGUGGCGGAAAAGUUUUGCGCAUUAGCCGAAGAGGAAUUCAG